AUGGCACACCGUUCUCAGAACGGCAUGUUCCGAGUGAACUUUCAUCCUGAAUACUAUCUUAGAGAUGGUAAUAUCAACUUCCUCGUUGAAGGGACUCUAUUUCGUGUCCACCGACACUUCUUUGAGCGCGAGUCGCAAUUUUUCAUUCAGGAAUUUGCAAGGGCUCCUCAGGGGGGAACUUCCGAUACCAGCGCGUUUCGACUCGAUGGAGUGACCGCCGCCGACUUUACGAAAUUUUUAUGGGUCUGGUAUAGUCCCUCGUAUAGACGCGGAAGCCUGAGUGAACCAAAAGAGCAUUGGCUCACCAUACUGGAGCUCUCGACAAGGUGGCAAUUCCUAGAUUUGAAGAAGCUUGCCAUCGAUGAGCUCGAGAAGCUCGAUAUAGAACCCAUUGAGAAAAUCACCACGUACAACAGACACAAUAUCGACAAAUUGCUUCUGUUGCCUGCAUACAAGCUCCUGUGCAAGCGGACGACCCGAAUAACCGAUGAGGAGGGUGAGCAACUUAAGAUACCCACCCUCCUCAGGAUAUUCGAGGCUCGUGAGCGUGCGAGGAGCGCAGCGGCGGGCAGGCGCGCUGGCCUGACCUCCGCUGAUGCAGACGACGAGGAGUUGGAAAAUGUUUUGAUUGAUGUGUUCGAACUCAACAGUCGUACCACUAAUCAACAGGGCGCGCAGUCGCAGGCAAGAUCAGACGCAACUUCGACGCCGAAUGUGAAUGGAGCCGCCAAUGGCCAUAGGCCGUCUGGAUCAGGUUCCAAUGGUAAUAAGCAGCAGAAAGAUGCGGACAAAGUAAAGCAAGGCAACUAUGAGUGAGGAGCCGAUGGGAGGUGAAGAUUCCUCCACUGGGCUCUCGGUUUCUGUUGCAGAGGAAAGUGGAGCGCAUUCUGAUCAAUUUGUACCUUCCAACGUUCAUCCAAUCCGUCAUGACAGCAGUAUUCUCAUAUGUUGUUAUCUCUGUAUAAUACCAGGUGUCUUGAUUUUGCACAGCCUAUGUAGUUUGCAAUGAUACGCUGUUGAAUAAACUUUCACGCUUGAAGCUCCAACAGCCAGUGAGAAUUUAAAGUCCAGUCGAGCACCGUUUCACCUGGACGUGAGUCGAUCUAGACUGUACCCUCGCUGCUUACUCCAAGCGUCUUCCAGCUGCAACAUUUCCCGUACCUUGAUUUCUCUGCACCCGCCACACUGUUUCCUGGCUAGUAGUCAAACCCGCGUCCAAUCGAAUGGGCACU